UAGACGUGUGAGCGAGAGGGGACGGGAGUCGGGGAAAGAAAGAAGUGCGGAGACGUAAACUCGAAUACAUUUCAAAGUGCCUCCGAGGGCAGAAACGGGCAAAACCCGUACACUGUUCAGUCUUCAGAUUGUAAUUGACGAUCUGAGGGGCGAUGAGGUGCUCGAUGGAUUUUCGUUUGUGUUUCUUCGCGAGGCGGGGGGAGGUGUUGAGAUUCUUUUUUUUUUUCCAGCGGGGGGUGGGGGGGGGGUGCAUCCCAACCAGCCCGAUCCGCGGACCGGCGUCUCCCCGGAGCCCCCACCAUUCUUUGCUGACUUGCAUUUCGGCGCCUCGCGUGGUCCCCCUCCCUUUCCGGUCCCCUUCCUCCCGGAGAAGAGAUUGGGGGUUAAAAAGCAGGAAACUUGGCUGUUGUCUGCGGAUCGUAAUGGCGCAGCGGCGGCGGAGCCGGGCCAGAAGCAGAAGCGCCGGGAAAGAAGGCGGUGGCGGCGGCGGCCGUGGUUAGACAUGAACGCCGCCUCGGCGCCGGCGCUGCACCGGGAGCCCCUUCUCGCGCGCGGGCGGUUUGUGUGAUUUUGCUAAAAUGCAUCACCAACAGCGAAUGGCUGCCUUAGGGACGGACAAAGAGCUGAGUGAUUUACUGGAUUUCAGUGCGAUGUUUUCACCUCCUGUGAGCAGUGGGAAAAAUGGACCAACUUCUUUGGCGAGUGGACAUUUUACUGGCUCAAAUGUAGAAGACAGAAGUAGCUCAGGGUCCUGGGGGAAUGGAGGACAUCCAAGCCCGUCCAGGAACUAUGGAGAUGGGACUCCCUAUGACCACAUGACCAGCAGGGACCUUGGGUCACAUGACAAUCUCUCUCCACCUUUUGUCAAUUCCAGAAUACAAAGUAAAACAGAAAGGGGCUCAUAUUCAUCUUAUGGGAGAGAAUCAAACUUACAGGGUUGCCACCAGCAGAGUCUCCUUGGAGGUGACAUGGAUAUGGGCAAUCCAGGAACCCUUUCGCCCACCAAACCUGGUUCCCAGUAUUAUCAGUAUUCUAGCAAUAACCCCCGAAGGAGGCCUCUUCACAGUAGUGCCAUGGAGGUACAGACAAAGAAAGUUCGGAAAGUUCCUCCAGGUUUGCCAUCUUCAGUUUAUGCUCCAUCAGCAAGCACUGCCGACUACAAUAGGGACUCGCCAGGCUACCCUUCCUCGAAACCAGCAGCCAGCACUUUCCCUAGCUCCUUCUUCAUGCAAGAUGGCCAUCACAGCAGUGACCCUUGGAGCUCCUCCAGUGGGAUGAAUCAGCCUGGCUACGGAGGGAUGCUGGGCAAUUCUUCUCAUAUUCCACAGUCUAGCAGCUACUGUAGCCUGCAUCCACACGAACGUUUGAGCUACCCAUCACACUCCUCAGCAGACAUCAAUUCCAGUCUUCCUCCAAUGUCCACUUUCCACCGUAGUGGUACCAACCAUUACAGCACCUCUUCCUGUACGCCUCCUGCCAACGGGACAGACAGUAUAAUGGCAAAUAGAGGAAGCGGAGCAGCAGGCAGCUCCCAGACUGGAGAUGCUCUGGGGAAAGCACUUGCUUCGAUCUAUUCUCCAGAUCACACUAACAACAGCUUUUCAUCAAACCCUUCAACUCCUGUCGGCUCUCCGCCUUCUCUCUCAGCAGGCACAGCUGUUUGGUCUAGAAAUGGAGGGCAGGCCUCAUCAUCUCCUAACUAUGAAGGACCCUUGCACUCCUUGCAAAGCCGGAUUGAAGAUCGUUUAGAAAGACUGGAUGAUGCCAUUCAUGUUCUCCGAAAUCAUGCAGUGGGCCCGUCCACCGCUAUGCCUGGCAGUCACGGGGACAUGCAUGGGAUCAUUGGACCUUCUCAUAAUGGAGCAAUGGGUGGUCUGGGCUCAGGGUAUGGAACCGGUCUUCUUUCAGCCAACAGACAUUCACUCAUGGUCGGGGCCCAUCGUGAAGACGGAGUGGCCCUGAGAGGCAGCCAUUCUCUUGUGCCAAACCAGGUUCCAGUCCCACAGCUUCCUGUCCAGUCGGCCACCUCCCCUGAUUUGAACCCGCCCCAGGACCCAUACAGAGGCAUGCCCCCAGGCCUGCAGGGCCAGAGCGUCUCCUCCGGCAGCUCUGAGAUCAAAUCCGACGACGAGGGCGAUGAGAACCUGCAAGACACAAAAUCUUCCGAGGACAAGAAACUAGAUGACGACAAGAAGGAUAUCAAAUCAAUUACUAGGUCAAGAUCUAGCAAUAACGACGACGAGGACCUGACACCUGAGCAGAAGGCAGAGCGUGAGAAGGAGCGGAGGAUGGCCAACAAUGCCCGCGAGCGCCUGCGCGUCCGCGACAUCAACGAGGCUUUCAAGGAGCUGGGCCGCAUGGUGCAGCUCCACCUCAAGAGUGACAAGCCACAGACCAAGCUCCUGAUCCUCCACCAGGCCGUGGCCGUCAUCCUCAGCCUGGAGCAGCAGGUCCGAGAGAGGAAUCUGAACCCGAAAGCUGCGUGUCUGAAAAGAAGGGAGGAAGAAAAGGUAUCCUCGGAGCCGCCCCCGCUGUCCUUGGCGGGCCCUCACCCUGGAAUGGGAGACGCUUCGAACCACAUGGGACAGAUGUGAAAGGGUCCAAGCUGCCACAUUGCUUCAUUAACACAAGAGACCACUUCCUUAACAGCUGUAUUAUCUUAAACCCACAUAAACACUUCUCCCCGACCCCUUUUUUGUAAUAUAAGACAAGUCUGAGUAGUUAUGAAUCGCAGACGCAAGAGGUUUCAGCAUUCCCAAUUAUCAAAAAACCGAAAAACAAACAAAAAAAAAAAGAAAGAAAAAAGUGCAACUUGAGGGAUGACUCUCUCUAACAUAUCAUUCAGAAUGUGCAAAGCGGUGUGAGCAGGCUGAGACCAGCCCAGAGACUGAAUGGCAAUCCUUCCACACUGUGGAACAAUGCAUUUGUGCCUAAACUUCUUUUGGAAAAAAAAUAUAAUUAAUUUGUAAGUCUGAAAAAAAUAUUUAAUUUAAAAAUUGUAAACUUGCAAUAAUGAAAAAGUGUACUUCUGAAGAAAACUACAUGAACGUUUUUGUUGGUAUUCAAGUCAGCUAGUGUUUAUAAUUCCUGGAUAGCGAAUGAGGGAAGCUCGGCUGCCCUAGUAACAAAACCAGCAAACGUCCUGAGACAGCGAAGUGAUGACAUUAGCCAUUCCUUAGGGUAGGAGGAACAGAUGGAUCUUAUAGACCUAUGACAAAUAUAUAUAUAAAUAUAUAUAUAAAUAUAUAUUAAAAAUUUAGUGACUAUGGUAAGCUUUUGUUCAUUUGUUUCAGACUUUUUUCUCCUGUAAAAAAAUAGUACUGAUUAACUUUUUUAAAAGAAAGAUUUUACUGUAAAUACGGAUUUUUUUUUUUUUUGGUCUUAUUUCUGUCCCUUCCCGGUUUGUUAUCGUAACCUGUAGUGCCAACUCUGCUUCCGGAGGGGUAGUGCAGGAUGAAACGCUGACCCUGAUGUUGCUUUUCAUUCACGAAUAAGUAGAAAGUUGUUUCUCCAGUCUUUUGGGAACACAGGACUUAAAAGUCACAUCAUGUGUAGAUAUUACAAGCAGCAUUACUAAGACACGGCAAAAGGAGUUUGUCUGAAUUGUAAUGUUGCGUGUGUGACCCUCUUCUGGGAUUUUCAGAGGUACAAGGUUAGAAUGCUACAAUGUUACCACUGUGCCUUCCAAUGUUUAUAUCAUCGGAAACAUAACAUAAUCAAAGUGGCUGUGAUUUAACAAAAUGAUUAAAGUGUUACCUACAUGUGUAGCCGAAGUAGUGUGCAGUGAGGCGUUUCUGAAUACAUGGUCAGAUUUUUGGAAAAAAACAAAAACAAAAAAACAAGUAAAGUUCAAAAACCAUCAAAUGAGAAAAUUGCAAGUAGUGUGACAGAGCUGAUUGAUUUUGUUGCUUUCUUGAUUUUUUUUUUCAAAAUGGGUUUACUAAGAUGUAGAUGAUAUAACUGCCUCCUCCAUCUGAAAAAUGCCAAUAUUCAAUCAUCAUGCAGCAUUAUAACAAGCCUUAUAAGUCCUAAAGCAUUAAGUUGCACUUUCUUGAGGAGGGGUAGUGCAGUAUUUCUCUGGCCAGUAUGAAUGAAGUUUAUACCUAACAUAUUUGAUAGAAACAUAGAUCAAGCUAUGGCACAGCAACUCAUCAGAUAGCUAGCUUUGACGUCUGGGCACAAUUGAACCAACUUCCAACGUGAAUCUUUAUAAUGAUUGAGUUUGGUGUAUAGUGCAGUAAACAAAUAGUGCUCCUAGUUAAGUAUUUGUCAGCAUCCUUUUGUCUCUAACUCGUUUCUGUUAUGACAGCCACACAAUCUUGGCAUGUAUUAAGAAAAAAAAUCCCUAUUCAAGUAGUUUUUUCCACCUAUCAGCACUGAGUAAAUGCCAUAAAUCCAUCAAAAUGGUCUAAAUGUUCCAUCUGUUCUCCUGUUUUGCCAGUUAUAUAGUAAUGAAAUACAUUUGUAAAUUUUAUGCAACAAAUGGCAAACGUAUCAUUAUUUUGAAAUUGUGUAUGUAAAAGUUAUAUUUUUACACGUAGACUCUUGUUAUUAUGUGUUUUAAUACAUUGUAUUGGUUUUUGUUUUUUUGUUUUUUUAACUGUGUGGUUUAAAAACGUCUCAUUUAAAUGAAAUAGUGAGCUACAAGAAUCUGAAUUUUAUGUUCAUUUCUGAAAAUGUAAGAACAAAUAAGGUAGUUACCACGUGGUCAUCUUUUACAAACCCAUAAACAUUUUGAUUAGCUGUGUGUGUGUGUGUUGAAAACUGUAAAUAUGUUCAGUAGCGAUAAAUCUAAAAUACUUUGAUUUGUUUGAUAAGUUCCUAAAAUGUGGAGGUGGAUUAAAACCUUAGGAGAAUAGCAGAAAUCAAACUUCAUGAAAAGUUAUUUUGAGGCUUUCCUGCGAAAUGUAUGAACAAAGGGACUCCAAGAGGGCAUGGAAGACAGUGUUGUGUCCGCUCCCCUCCUCUGAAAUAAUGGAAAACAUGUGUCUGUGUUCCCUGGUAUGUAAAGAUUUCCUUUAGUGGUACAUUCUGCACUCACUUUGUAUAGUCUACCAAGGCGGGUAUCCCUAGGAACAAUAUAUAGGAAGCAGGUCUACUUUGAUCACAUUCAGGAUAAGUGUACAGAAGAAAAUACGGUGUUUACUCUUUAGGGAACUGGAAACACUCCCUGUGUUGAUGUACAUGUUAAGAAUGGCACUUUUGAUACACGUUAUCAUACAGGUGCUUAAUAGAGCUGAUUUAAAGGUUUUCAAAUCAGAGCAAAAAACUAAAUUGUAGUUAUUUGAUUAUUUUUUAAAUUGGUGCUUUAUAUUUUGUUCUCACUCCAACAGAGGAAAAGCUGCAAUUUAUUGUUCACCAGCUUUGAUGUAUUCAUUACCCAGUAAUGUAAUACCUCUAUUGUCGAAUUCCCUUUGGAAAGAAGCGAAAAACUUUCUAAUGGCCACCAACAGCUGCUCAGUACUUUUUGCUUGGUGGAGAAACAUCUGCACCUAUCCGUGUAAUUGGGUUGUGUCCCCAUUAAAAAAGAAAGGAAGAAAAAGAUGAAAGGGAAUGUGGCCUUCUUAGUGUGUUUUUUCUCGUUGUUUUGUAAAUUAUCAAACCCAGGUAAGAUAUUGGUAUCCUGUGCUGGAUUUUUCUAAUGAAAUUUAGCAGAAGACAGAAUUAAGGAACUACACAAAAAAUGCCAUAAGGGUCCAUACUCUAUAUGUGAUGAUACCUAGGCUGGGGAUCUGUUUAAGAGACUUGGACAUUAAAGCAACUUGGAACCAUUGAUCCACCUCCACAUUCAAGUAAUUUAUGAAUAUGCAGAAUAGGGAUCUGUUCAUCUAGCAAGUUUACCAUUUGUCUUCUGUGUAGCUGCAAGGAACACUAAUGUUUAUACAACUGUCAGUCCACCCAGUGACGCAACUGGUUCUGAUUCAGUCUUCCGAUUCCUUUCUGUUUUUCGCUUUUUUCCUAUUUCUUGAUUUUUUUUUUACUUGUGAUCUUUAUUUUGAUGAGGGGUUCGGGGUUGGGGAGGGAGGUGAACCAAGACUUGGGGUUAAGAGGAUUUCGUCUUGGAUCCAACAGGCAGAAUAUGAUCUGUGUCCAAAAGUGAACUUGAGUCAGGAAUGAAACAUUUUCAGCAUAAAUAAGCACAAAAAUUUAGUCUGCUGGCUGACUGGAAACAAAACAAACAAACAAACAAAAAGUCAAGAUGGAAUAUGAUGAAUUCCAACACGAUGGGGCACCAAGGCCGCUAGGCCUCUCUUUUUAUUUUGCUUUGGUUUUGUUUGUUUUUCUUUAGAGACAUGCUCUUUCUCAUGGGACUUGACGUGGACUCAUCUUCGUGCAGUGCUGGUUUUGCCAUCCUCAUUUCAAGUAUUAUAGACAUAUGUAACGGUGAAAUAUAUGAACUGUGGCCUUUUUCAUUCUUGUUACUUGUGAUGCAAUUAAGUGAAGAUAAGAAAAAAAAAAGCAGAGAUUUACCAUGUAUCAGUGCCUGGCUUUUUGUUAUAAAGCUUUGUUUGUCUAGUGCUCUUUUUGCUAUAAAAUAGACUGUAGUACACCCUAGUAAGAAAAAAAAACUAAAUUUAAAAAUAAAAAUAUAUUUGGCUUAUUUUUCGUAGGAGCAAUCCUUUUAUACCAUGAAUAUUACAAAAAAAAAAUUGUCAGAUUCUGAAUAUUUCUUCUUUGUAGAUUUUUGGAAUCAUUAUGAGUAAAGUUUGUUACUUUAUUUUACUAUUUAAAAGAUGUUAUUUUACCAUGUGUUACUGAGAUGAAACUGUAUGGUAGCUUUUUUUGUUUGUUUUUUUGUUUUGUUUCAUUUGUUUAUUUUUUUAGUUGUAGGUCGCAGCGGGGAAAUUUUUUGCGACUGUACACAUAGCUGCAGCAUUAAAAACUAAAAAAAAAAAAAUGUUAAAAAAAGAAAAAAAAAAGGGAAAACACUUCAAAAAAAAAGAUAAACAGUUACACCUUGUUUUCAAUGUGUGGCUGAGUGCCUCGAUUUUUUCAUGUUUUUGGUGUAUUUCUGAUUUGUAGACGUGUCCAAACAGGUUGUGUGCUGGAGUUUCUUCAAGACAAAAGCAAGCCCAGCCUGGUCCAGGCCAUUACCUGUCCCAUCUGUAGUUAUCGAUGAAGUCAUGUACAUGACCGUUCUGUAGCAAUAAAUGUGCCAUUUUUAUAAACUGU